UUUAGAACCGAUUAUGGAAUUCACUGAUUUUCAUGGCUCAAGCACUUCUUUAGGAUUAUAUAUGAUCUAACUUCAUGGUGAAUUUCAGCUUUUAGACAUCUUAGAAGAACCAAGUUUCUUUUUAAAUUUAUCCACAAUGCAAGCCAGCUCACCUGUCCUCAACAGAAGAGUAUGUAUUUUUAGGACGGAAUUAAGACAAAAUUACAUAUGGUUAAAAACCUUAAGCGUGAGGAUUAUUCCAGGAGGAAUUAUGCAUAAAUCCUUACAUCCAGUCCCUACAGUUUUCAAAAGAACAUUGAGGCUGCAGUUCUGUGAUGCUGCCAGGGCCAGCCAGCAUUGCACCCUGCCAGCCUGGGGAUGUCCAUGGCAAGAGCAGGGAUGCCAGGACCCUCCAGGUACAUGCAGAAUCCCAACCUCUGCUGCAGGGAAAAGGACUCUGCACAAUCUUUAGUCAUCCUCUAUGAAAUAGAUAUCUCUCUAGAUUUUAGAAAAGAAGCUUUGUGAGUAUGCACGGAAAACCUUCAUCACUCGGAGAAUUAAAGCGGAUAGAACAGAAAAUAAUGAUUUUUCCAAACUCUUUUUCUCCCAUUAGAUCUAUCAUCAUAUCACACGUUUGAGGGAAAAGCUUAUGAGGUUUUGCUAAGUAUCUGAUAUAAAUGUUACUGAAAAUGAAAAUGGCAGGAAAUCAACUGAAAGGAUUUUUUGUUUUCAUUUCAGUUAGUCCUCCCCUGCCCAUUUGUUCCCCUCAGGGGUUUCAAUUAAACGCAAACUUUCGUAAAGUACAUUGCCUAGUCUGUUUCUGGUUUCAGGCAAUUCUGGUCAUGAACUAAGCCCACUGUAGACACACUGCUUUGUUACUCUGUACACUUGGGAACUGCUAACAGCAGAACACAAGAGAAUAGGUGGGAAAAAAACAUGAAAAAGGCUUCUAAGAACAAAAUCUUCCUUCAUUCAAAGGAAGCUCCCUGAAGCCUGAAAAACGAGCAAGGAGACAGCUAAGACCACUUCCAAAAGAAUGUCACCUCAGCAGCAUUGGUACAGAAGCACAUAAGGGACAACAGACUUCAGAAAUCCCUUGCUCAGUACUGCUGUCAGUGGAGAUGCCUGACUGAAGAAUGUCACCAAGGAUACACAGACAAGGACAUUCUCUAGAAAGGAUACACACCUCUCAAACUGCUCUUACAAAGAACCUGGAUAUUAGUACUCACAAGUGACACUGCAAAACCAGAGGGUUUUGUUGAACAGAAACAUCAAGUUAGAUGAAGAAGCUGAUGUUUUCUCAGUGUUUCUAAAUUCUGAGAAUUGGAAUUGAACUGAAAGGGCACCGAUGUACUUGCUCAGUCCACCAGAGCUCUGUGAAUUUUAAUUGAUAUUCAAAUUCUAAGGACUUUGCUUUAUUCAUGCAUUAACCUCAUGUGAAUAAAUAAUAAUGCUCAGGAACAUGACUAAUGACAUAAAUUUCUUAAAUCAAUGUACUAUUGAGUCACCGCUAGAACAUAUCUCAUGAAGACAAAGAACUCUACAGAAGAACAACACUAUAACAAGGGAAGCUUUGACUUUUAUGCAUGAACUAACUUUCUAAACCUCACCUGUCAAAGUACAGCCUUCCUGUGGUUUAAGAUUCCUGACUAUGCUCUGUUUCAAAGGAGGCUAUUUAAGACAUCUGAGCCAUGAGUAUGCACUCAGUUUGAUCUCUAUCUGCAUAAUAUGCAAGGUCGUAAGCAAAAACCUUUAUAGCAUUUACUCAUGAACACGAUUUAGAAUUUUAAGAAAUAUUUGGGAAUGAGGCUUUUUUUUUUUAACAUACAUUAAAUGAGCUGACAUCAGGGUUAAAUGACUGCUGCUGAACUUCACAUCUCCUCUUUCUUACAAUCACUUUUUCUUUUCCUCCAGUCAGGAGGUAACUGGACAUUUUUCAUGUAUUUAUGAGUGUGUGUCCACAUAUUGCUGACUCUUGGGACAUUUGCUUUGUUGGGACUUCUAAGAGUAACAUUAAUUACUUUUAUAGUACAGAGAGCAUUGUACCUCAGUUGUAAUAAUGUAACAUUGGGCUGCAUUCUCAUUUACAUUAGACUUUAUUUAACCUAAAUCAAAAUGUAACAGGAUCUCACUCAGAGGCAAGAAGAGCCUCUGACUGCUUCUUAUGUCAUAUGCUGAAUAGGACAAGCAGGAGGCCAAGGCCCUAGGUCACACCCGAAGGGUAAAGCACAGACACCCCUGCAAAAGCUGAUUUAUGAAACCUAAUACUGCUAUUGAGUCCUUUGGAGUCAACAGAACACCACCAAGUAGAGUCACCACUGGCUCUCAAAAGGUAUCAACAGUGUUAGGAAAUUUAACAAGAGUUGUUUUGGGGCUUUGAUUACCAUAUUUUUAGUAUCCAAAAUGGACUGAUGGAGAGUUUUUUCUAUUAAGUACCUGAAAGCCAUUCUAGUUGUUGGAAGUAGAUGAAGAUUAUAUAUUUUUUUUAAUUAUUAUUUUUUAUUUUUUUAAAAAAAGGUUUUUCAAUGGAAAAUUGCAUAUUUGGAUUGAACACCGGCAUUUCUCAAAUUUGCAAUCCAAUAAUGACUUCUAGUAAGUACGUUUUUCACACAAGACAAACUGUGGAACUCCAUGACAGUGAAUGUUGGGCCUCCUAAAAGUACAGAUAAGUUUAAAAAGUUACUUGAGAAAUUCAUGGAAGGAAGCAUCAUAAAAAUCUGUUGAACAUAAAUUUACAACCUCUUGCCCAAUAAGUACUACAGUUUGCUGGAAGGUUACACCAAGGAAAGUAUUACUGUAUGUUUGUUCUCUUCUUACACUCUGUUCUUAAGCAUCCACUGCUGAGCAUUGCUAGAGAAAGGAGCUCAAUGGAUUAAGGAGAUUGAUCCAGUGCAGUGGUUUUUUACUGGAAUAUUUUUUUUGGAACUGAGCAAAAAUGUGUUUUCUUAUUCAGACAUCAGUGUCAUCAACUAACAGGUCACAUUUUGAAAGCAAUCCAAGUUCUGUAGAGAAAACUGCCCUUGUGUGUUAUCUUGUCCCACAAGUUCUGGUAUCAGUUAGAUGAAGUAUGUGAAAUAGGUCAAAACGCAUGCAAACAAGUGUGUGCAUUUAAUAUGCUACAGGUAAAUAAAACUAUAACAUGCUCAGUAUUCAAUUAUUAUUUUUAUAUUUAGCUCUUUUACAGCAAUGUCUAUAUAUACAGAAAAACUAGCAAAAAGCAGAAUCUGUAUAUUAAUGAACUCAGUCUUUCACUGUUUUCAAAUGCAUCAUACUUCACUGAAUUGGGCUUUCUGAGUAUUUGAAACAUUUUGCAGCUCCCCUUACUGUGUAACUCCCAGAAAACAUUUAAUCAAAGAAUUUCCCUCUCUAUUCUAAUGCUGGAAGACUCCUCGUAAGAUUAUAUAAUAGCUCUCAAUGUGUUUCUCAAUUUCUUUUUAAACAGUUUUCCAUGUGUCUUUAUUAAACUGCAGAGACUUAUUGAAAUAAUUCUGAAUGAAUGUUGGAAGAAAAAAGUCUAACCUGAAUUUGGAGUACGAGCUCCGAGAAUCUGAAAAACUGUUUGCAGGGGUUUAGUAACUUUAACAAAUACAUUCAUGAUCACGCAUUCCUAUAAAAAUGAUUCCCUUUAGUUUCACUACAGAUUUCCUUCAUACAAACCACCAAAAUUCCUUAAGAAAAAUAUAGUCUUUUGGAACCAAAUUCAGAAACAAAGUCCAUAACUGCCUCUGGAAUAUAUACAGUAGUCUAUCUCUCUGCAAACUUUUAAACAAGUUCUCUCUAAAAUAACUGCUGUUAGAAAUACUUGCUCAGCAUUUCUUUUAAAAAUAAUUCUGAAAAAGGUAAAACUACCCCAACGGCACAAUGACUUCUACACUUCCCCCCACACAUUUGCUAAAUUUAUGAAAAAGAUAAAUUGCUACUGAACCUACAGGACUAGAGAACAGUAGACUUAACAGCAGAUUAGAGCCAAAAGAAGCCUCAAAAUGCGACAUGAGCACCCCACAAGCUGUCUUCUCUUUCCACCCAAAUGGCAAUGAAGAAAUAUCAAGUCUGCCAGCCCUGGAUGUAAUGCAGUAAUUCUCAGUAUAAAAACUUACAAACUAACAAGAACACUGAGAAAUGUGAAUCUUUACUGCUUCAGUGUUCUUUUAUGAACAAUAACUAUCUUAACAACAAGCUGUGCAAAUUAUAAAGUCACUGAUGUUUGUAAUUUACGUGAGAUAAACAGAUCAAGGAAGGUUCAGAAAGGUUUCUGGUGUUUUCCUGGGCAGGCUGACAGUUCUCCCCUUUCCCCAUCCACUGGCACAAGUGUACAAUCAUAUUUAGAAGGAAACAUGAGCAUAUUUCUACCCAAGCAGUGAUGGGAACUGGGGGUUAUUUGUGUUUGGGUUUGUGAUUGGGCUUCUGCAUUUCAGGCAGAACACAUACUACUCCACGAGGACUGAACUAAUUAAAUGCUAAUUGACUCUGUAGCACCUAUAAAGAGGUAACUCACCCAUGCCAUCUCCCACUGGAAACUGCAGGGAUGAUCAGCAUAGAAAGGGCUGCUUAUUUAGUGGUCAGAGUAAGACAGUCAUAAGUAUUUGUUAGUAAGAGCAGAAAAACAGAGGGCAAAUAAGGAUAUGAGUGUUUUAAAUGGGUGAUUAAAUGUGGGUAGCUUGAUCUCCUCUCCUGCUGUGGAUGCUGCGUGCUGCAGUCACGCCUCUCCCUGCCAGCCGGCACCGGGAUGAGCAUCCGUCACCAUGAAACCUCAUUAGCUCCACAGCAAUGAGUCCUCCACUGCUGAAGCUUGGUGCUGUUCUUAGUACCAUGGCAAUGAUCUCGAACUGGAUGUCCCAAACUCUCCCAUCUCUAGUAGGACUAAAUACCACCAGAAUAAUCACUUCAGAUACUCUACUAAAGCUGAGAGACACACUCAUGACAUCACUGGAAUACACUCAGAUUAGCCCCAAGGAAGGGUGGCAAGUUUACAGUUCAGCCCAGGAUCCUGAUGGCCGUUGUAUUUGCACUGUUGUUGCACCCGAACAAAACCUAUGUUCAAGAGAUGCCAAAAGCAGGCAACUCAGACAACUGCUAGAGAAGGAGUUGAAAGAAAAGAUGGAUGAGCUCCUGCCACUGAUCCCAGUUCUGGAACAAUACAAAACUGAUGCCAAAUUGAUCACGCAAUUCAAGGAGGAAAUUAGGAAUCUGUCUACUGUCCUCACUGGGAUUCAGGAAGAAAUUGGUGCUUAUGACUAUGAGGAACUACACCAGCGUGUACUCAGUUUAGAAACCAGGCUACGAGACUGCAUGAAAAAGCUCACAUGUGGCAAAUUGAUGAAAAUUACAGGCCCCAUUACAGUCAAGAUAUCCGGAACCCGAUUUGGAGCCUGGAUGACAGAUCCAUUAGCAUCAGAGAAAAAUAACCGAGUCUGGUACAUGGACAGUUACACUAACAAUAAAAUUGUCCGUGAAUUUAAAUCAAUUGCAGACUUUGUCAGUGGGGCUGAAUCAAGGACAUACAACCUUCCAUUCAAAUGGGCAGGAACCAACCACGUUGUCUACAACGGCUCCCUCUAUUUCAACAAGUAUCAGAGCAACAUCAUCAUCAAAUACAGCUUUGACACUGGGCGGGUGCUUGCACAGCGUAGCCUUGAGUAUGCUGGCUUUCACAAUGUCUACCCUUACACCUGGGGUGGCUUUUCUGAUAUUGACCUGAUGGCAGAUGAAAUUGGGCUAUGGGCUGUGUAUGCCACCAACCAGAACGCAGGCAACAUUGUCAUCAGCCAGCUGAACCCAGAUACGCUGGAGGUGCUGAAGAGCUGGAGCACAGGCUACCCCAAGAGAAGUGCUGGAGAAUCCUUCAUGAUUUGUGGCACCCUGUAUGUUACUAACUCUCACUUAACAGGAGCCAAGGUCUACUAUUCUUAUUCCACAAAAACCUCCACUUAUGAGUAUACAGACAUUCCUUUCCAUAAUCAGUAUUUUCAUAUAUCCAUGCUUGACUACAAUGCAAGAGAUAGAGCUCUCUAUGCCUGGAAUAACGGACAUCAAGUCCUGUUUAAUGUCACCCUUUUCCACGUCAUUAAAACUGAAGACGACACAUAAUUUUCUUUCCCUUCCUUUUCCCUCACCUUCCUCCCUCAAAGCAGUAUCAUUUGUGAUAAACCCUAAAAGCAUCCAUCUCUCUCAUUUCCUUUCAAUUUACAUUCCUCUUUUUUUUUUUUUUUUUUUUAAGGAAAAGCAACAUUUUUCUACCAUAUAAUGCAUUUCAAAUAUGGCUGAGCCUGUCAAAAAUGACCUGUUGGAAAUAAAAGCAUAUUAACUCAUGAUUCUACAAGGUCUGUCAAGACCUUGUCUUGAAAAGCACUAAAGAGGAUUUAAGUGGCUAAAGAUAGUUUUAAAAAAGUUUAUGAUCUGCCUUAUUUUAGAGUCAGAGACUAACGGUGGCUUAAGUGCAUGAAUGUCUUUUUUUACCUCAUUUUUGGUUUUAAUUUCUUGCUGAACUUCAGGAAAUAGUUGGGUAGUGUCAGACAUAUAUUGCACAUUGUAUUUUUUAUUUAUUUAUAAAGAAAGACUUAGGAAUUUAAUUUACUUAGACAUGUAGUAUGAUUCAUUUUGCCAUCACCCAAUUUCAGAUGUGGUGCUGUACGGUAUGUUUUUAAAUCUCUUGCAAACAUUUUAUCUACUGUAUGUGUUUCUACCAUUGUAACCACCAUUGUGCAAUUGUAUCUCUUCACUUAUCUGAAAGUAAACUAAGUACUAUUUUUUAUAAAAUAUAUUGAAGCUUAAUUGCA